CCAGCGCGACGGGAGAAUAACAAAAGAGUGUCAGAGAAAAAAGGGCGAGAGAAGUGGAGUAUUUUGCGUUUUUCCCACAAAUUGUAGCAAUUGUAGUCACAAAAUCAUGUCAAUCACGCUGGAACAGAUCAUAAUGGACGCAAAGCUGGCGGCGAAUCGUCUGAAUGAGCAGAGCAAGUUCGCGUCGAGUCUGUAUUUCAAGUGUUUGGUGCUGAACAAGAAGCUCGAGUCAAUGAGAAUGCUUCAGGACGACACGGAGGCGCUGAAUAGGGUCGCUCGAGGGGGUCACACGAAUGCGGAACUCGUGAUGAUCAUCAACCAGGAGAACCGAGAGAAUCCUCACAUGCGGGAAAUCCAGCAGGAGAAUCGCGAGCUGAAGGCGUGCCUGGAGGAUUAUCAGCGCACGAUGGAGCACAUCAUGACCAAGUACCGGGAGCACACACAGCUUAAAGUGCUGAGCAACAAGCUGGAUCUGCCGGAUGUGAACUUCCUGCAGCAGAAGGAUGAGAUUAUCAAGCAGCAGAACGAGAAGAUCCUGGAAAUGGCUGCUGUGAUGCAGAAGGCGGCGUCGAUGGACGAGGAGCAGAUCCACAGGGAGACGGAGGGCUUGAUUCGGCUCGUGCGGGAGAACGAGGGACUCAGGGAAAUGCUGCAGAUCUCCCGGCAAUUUGGCUCUCUCAAUUACGGCUCGGACGGUUACCGCAUUGAGCAAUCUGUGCAGACGAGCGAUCAGUCCGACGAGGAGACGCUGGAGGAGAAGGACACAGGCAGUGAGAAGAACCUGACGGUGGAGAUGGUGAAGCCUCCUGCGGAGUCCUCGUCGAAGCCGGAGGAGAAGGAAUCUGAAUAAUCUUGCAUUUCCCAAAUGUAUCAAAGCUAUUUAUUGCGAGUCCUGCCCAGAUGGUAAUUGAAUAAAUAUAAGGAGAAUUAC